GAGGAGGACAGUAAAAAAGAGGAAGAGGGCAAGAAAAAUGAGGAGGAAGAGGAGAGGAAGAAGAAGGAAGAGGAGAGGAAGCAAGAGGAGGAGGAAAGGAAGAAAGAGGAGGAGAAGGAGAGGGAGGAAGGGGAGAGGAAGCAAGAGGAGGAAGAGGACAGGAAAAAGGAGGAAGAGGAGAGGAAGAAAGAGGAGGAGGACAGAAAAAAGGAGGAAGAGGGCAAGAAAAAGGAGGAGGAGGAGAGGAAGAAGGAGGAGGAGGAGAGUAAAAAAGAGGAAGAGGAGAGGAAGAAAGAGGAGGAGAAAAGGAAAAUAGAGGAGGAGAGGAAGAAAGAGGAGGACAGGAAGAAAGAGGAGGACAGGAAGAAAGAGAAAGAGAAGAGGAAGAAAGAGGAAAAGAGGAAGAAGGAAGAGAAGAAGAAGAAAGAAAAGGAGAAGAAACUGGAGAGGCUGACAGAGCCCCGGCAGAGCCGAGCUGCCUGCCUGCCGAGGGAUGGGGUGCGGGAGGGAUCCGGCUCAGCCCGGGGCUCGAUGCUGACGCGGCCCCUGGGGACAGGAAAUUACCCCACCGUGGAGAUCAAGGAUGUGGACAGCCCAGGCCAUGCUGUGGAGAUCCAUGGUACCCAUGGACCGGUGCCUGCUGCCGGAGCUCCCAACCUGCUGGCGGUGCCCGGCGCAGCAUCCCCCAGGAGGAAGCAACUGGUCCCAGAGGAUGGUCUGGACAAGGGGCUGGUGAGCCAAUCCCCCAGGCCAGUGCUGGGCUGGGAUGAGGAGCAGAGGGAAAGCCUGCCCCAGCGCAUCGGCUCGGCCACGAGCCUGAGCAGCGCCGUCAUCAACACUCGGCUGCAGGAGCUGGUGAGGCUCUUCAAAGAGAGGACAGAGAAGGUGAAGGAGAAGCUGAUUGACCCCGAUGUCACCUCGGAUGACGAGAGCCCUGUGGCAUCUCCCACCAAGCCAGCACCUGCAGCAGCACCGGUGCCUGCCCCAGGAGGAGAGCUGGAGGGGGACAAACCCUCGGGGGAUGACCACUACUGUGAGAUGCUGUGCUGCACAUUCAAGCACCGGCCCUGGCUGGACCGCCUGAAGAGCUACCAGUUCCCCAGCAGCAUCGACCCCCUGACCAAUCUGAUGUACGUGCUGUGGCUGUUCUUCGUUGUCAUGGCCUGGAACUGGAACUGCUGGUUGAUCCCCGUCCGCUGGGCUUUCCCCUACCAGACUCCAGCAAACAUCCACUACUGGCUGCUGGUGGACUACCUCUGUGACCUCAUUUAUCUGCUGGACAUCCUCAUCUUUCAGACCCGGCUGCAGUUCGUGCAGGGGGGAGACAUCAUCACUGACAAAAAGGCCAUGAAAGAGAACUACCUGCGAUCACAACGCUUCAAGAUGGAUGUGCUGUGCCUCCUGCCCCUGGAUUUCCUCUACUUCAAAGUGGGUGUCAACCCCCUGCUGCGCUUCCCUCGCUGUCUGAAGUACAUGGCCUUCUUUGAGUUCAACAGCCGCCUGGAGGCCAUCCUGACCAAGGCUUACAUCUACAGGGUGAUUCGGACCACUGCCUACUUACUGUACAGCCUGCACAUGAACUCCUGCCUCUACUACUGGGCCUCAGCCUAUGAAGGACUGGGUUCCACCACCUGGGUCUAUGAUGGGGAAGGAAACAGCUACAUCCGCUGUUACUACUGGGCAGUGAAAACCCUCAUCACCAUCGGGGGCCUGCCAGACCCCAAGACGCUGUUUGAGAUCGUCUUCCAGCUGCUGAACUACUUCACAGGAGUCUUUGCUUUCUCCGUCAUGAUAGGGCAGAUGAGAGACGUGGUUGGUGCUGCCACUGCAGGGCAAACUUACUAUAGGAGCUGCAUGGACAGCACCAUUAAAUACAUGAACUUCUACAAGAUCCCCAGAACUGUUCAGAACCGGGUGAAGACGUGGUACGAGUACACGUGGCACUCCCAAGGCAUGCUAGAUGAGUCGGAGCUGCUGGUGCAGCUGCCAGACAAGAUGAGGCUGGACAUCGCCAUUGACGUGAACUACAACAUCGUGAGCAAAGUGGCCCUUUUCCAGGGCUGUGACAGACAGAUGAUCUUUGACAUGCUGAAGCGGCUCAGAUCAGUGGUCUUCCUGCCCAAUGACUACGUGUGCAAGAAGGGAGAAAUAGGCCGUGAGAUGUACAUCAUCCAGGCAGGACAAGUGCAGGUGCUGGGGGGACCCGACGGCAAAUCCGUGCUGGUGACUCUGAAAGCUGGAUCUGUCUUUGGGGAAAUCAGCUUGCUGGCAGCAGGAGGGGGAAAUCGCCGGACAGCAAACGUCGUGGCCCACGGCUUCGCCAACCUUUUUAUUUUGGAGAAGAAGGACUUGAACGAGAUUUUGGUGCAUUACCCGGAGUCUCAGAAGCUGCUGCGCAAGAAAGCCAAGAAAAUGCUGAAAAGCAACAACAAACCCAAAGAUGAGAAAGGAGGCCCCGGAGAUGCAUUGAUCAUCCCCCCGAAAGCUGAGACCCCAAAGCUGUUCAAGGCUGCCCUGGCUGCCACGGGGAGGAUGGGGGGCAAAGGGCCCCUGGGGCGGCUCCGCUGGAGGCUGAAGGAGCUGAAGGCGAUGCGGGAGACACAGGUUUCCAGUGUCAGCCCAACCCCACCAAAAUCAUCAGUGCACCAGAGAUCACCUGCCAUGUCCCACAAAGCACAAACCCGCCCAGGAGAAGAAAUAUCCUCAGAAUCUUCUGAUCAUUCAGUCACCAUUCGUGUGUUUUCCACAGCAAAAGAAGAAGAGGAAAUCCUUGCUGCUGAGAUUUCAGAGAAAGAUGAAAAAAAAGAAGAGAAAUGAAACAGCAGCAGGUCUCAGGGCAGGCGUAGGAGUCAGGCAAAUGCCUGGGCUAGCAGAUUUUUGUUGUUAAUGAUUUCCAUGCAGUGGCUGUAGGUUUUGCUAUGUGCCGUGGGUAGGAUCUGCCUCUCUCUUUUGCCCAAACUCUCAAUCACUGCUGAUAAAAGCCUCUGCCAUCUGACCCAGAAUCAUACAAGGUUUCUAUGCUCCGCAGAUCUAUUGAGCACCUUUAUGAAUUUUCCACUAAAUCUCAGCCCCCUUGCUUUGAAAUCCAGCCUUGUGGAGGGAGAGCUAUGGAAAAACUGCUUUUUAUGGCUCUGGAUGGUUAAUGAGUGCUCAGACAAAGCAUGAAGAGUUAUUCACCUCUGACAGCUGAGUCACUGCUUGGCUAGAAACAACCAAGGGAAAAAAAACAACAAGGUUUCUCUGUUGGACUCAAGGUUGACAGCA